AUGCUAGUGACUAGCUCGUUUGCGUAUACGCGACAUAGCUACGCACAAACCACUUUUACGAUACCCAACAACGGCUCAUUCGAAUCUUACCUUCUGUAUAAAGCUCCCCUACUUCGUUACGUCUAUAUCCAGUACAACUUAAAAGUGACCCGGAUCCAUAUCGCAUACUGCUCACUCCAUGUUGUACCCAAGACGAUCCGGAAUGUGCCACACCUGACAAGUUUGAUAAUCUCGUCUUGUCGCAUACGGCAUCUGGAUCUGAACGAUAUGGCGCAUCUGAAGAGCUUGUACACUGUCGAUCUUAGUCACAACCUGAUAGUGUCAAUUGCGGAGCUUCCAUCGGCUAUGGCUCUACAUGUUCACAGGCUUUAUCUUGCUGGCAAUAGACUUCGUCACCUGAAUGCCAGGGUUCUGCAUGCCUUAAAAGAGCUGCGCUGUCUGGUUUUGGACGGCAACCGGCUAGAGGAGAUCACACCUCCUUUAGUAAAUCCCUCGAUAGAAGAGUUGUCGAUACGGAACAACAGGUUGAGAACGCUCAACUGCACCGACUGGCGCCUACCUCAGUUGAAAUAUUUUUUCUGCAGCAACAACCAACUAACUUCCGCUCCGAUUGAAUGGCAAUCGAUGUGGCGGAUCGGCAUGUUGGAUCUUUCGUUCAAUCGGUUGCGCAAUUUUCGGAUGGAUGAUAUCUACCUCACUCAGCUCCGAGAACUGAAUCUAGCCGCUAACGAGCUAACGAAUGUAACCACCAACCAGACACAAUUGCGGAUUCCACUCGAGAGACUGCAGCUCGCCUAUAACCGGCUCACAGCGCUGGACAUUUCCCGUUGGGACAUGCCAAAUCUUUGGGGAUUGGGCGUGAAUAACAAUCAGCUCACCGAGCUCGGCGAUGUUUUUCUGCGAUUUCCUAACCUUGACGCCAUGUUGAUUAUGCGCUAUAACAAUUGGUCCUGUGGGUGGUUGAAACGAGUCCAUCCUGGAGAUUUGCUGCGCAGAAAUUACGGUUGUCUGAAUACGAACCAAAGUUGCCCUGUGGGUAGGAUGAUGGUGGCAGAGAAUGUUUGGAUUUGCUGUUGGUAA